UAAUAGCGAUGAUCAUGAGGAGCUUGCCCCGGCUACUAUCCGGAGCACGGUCAGGGCGCCGCCCGCCGACUAGACUACGGAAGUAAUGAACUUGAAUGCAGCCCGCGGUCGCAGCGCGCCGCCGUCCCGCUCGCUCGACCGCCAUUCAUCACGGUCCAGAGCGUGAUGCACUCACUGCAUUCGCUGUCAAAUUCGUCCGCAUUCUCUGUCACAGGCCGCUUUCGUCGCCGAUGCGUUUAUCGGAAGGAGACGCGAAUAUGUGUGUCGAUUGCAUUCGCGGCGUCGUAAAGUGCAUGUAGGUCGGGGAGGGUAUUCGGGUUCUGUGCGGCGUCGGGGGCGCGCGGCUGGAGCCGUCGGUCCGGCAGCAGCAUGGCUCAGCCGCUGGCCAAAGCUCCCAUAGCUCCAGCAUCAGCCGCUCAACUCAAAGUUCGGUCGCCGAAAAAAUAGGCGCGCUCGCGUUGUUCGUCGCGAUAGAUGUUGGAAGCCGGAACUGUAGUUCCGAAAUUCAUGAAAAGUGAGCGCACUGAAAACUGUAAAGUUAUUCAUCUAACUUUUACACUUCGAAGAUCAUGAGAGUAGAACGCGUUUGAACGUCAAUUAAACCAUCAAAAUGAGACUGUCGACAAGUGAAGAAGUGGCGAGUUCGACGGUGGUGGGGCGGGCGGGCGCCGGGGCGGCGGGCGGCGGCGCGGGCGCCUAUGACGUCACGCGCAUGCGCGAGGAGGAGUUCGAGAGGCUGACGGUGUACAUCGUGCCGGACGUGCCCUGCGAGCCGGGCACGGCGGGCCGCGCCGAGCGCACCCUGCCGCGGAGCCUCGCGCUGCGCCCCUCCGCCGUGCUCUCCACACCCAACACACCGACUGAAGGUGUAUGGAGCAUAGGCGUGAUCCCGAGAGGCACCCGCUUCGGGCCCUUCGAAGGCACACGCACUCCCAACAAGCCAAAUGAUAAAAUAUCCUGGCGAUACUACUGGAGGGUACAAGAAACUGUGAGACAUCAUACUUAUGGCAAUAUUAAGAUAUUCAAAGACAGUGACUACUAUUACCUGGACGGGUCGGACACGAGUGUUGCCAACUGGAUGCGGUACGUGGCCUCGGCCUACUCGCUGCCAGUCAUGAACCUCGUCGCCUGCCAGCACCAGGAGCACAUCUACUUCUACACCAUCAGAGAUAUCAUGCCAAAUGAAGAACUCAUGGUGUGGUACUGCAAGGAUUUCGCAACGAGGCUCGGUUACGACAUCGAUCCUGAGAGAGCUACCUACUCUAUCUGUAAGGAAGAAACGAUCAAAAAAGCUUACGGCUUGCCUCCUGCACCGGUUCAUCCCGAAAUUGCUAUCAAUCACAUGAAGUAUGUUUUGGGUUUGACCAGUGCUAAAGAACUGAUGGAGACUGAAAUGCCAAGCAGGAGGAGGAAACGUGAAGUGAUGGAGAAAUCACAAUUUCACGACAGCACAUCACAAUACGUUCGCGAGGACACUCGCAACGUUGUGGCCAAAACAGCAAGACCCUCUAUGAGGACUGACGCCAAUGUUAUCCAUCACAAAUCGGAACCCAUCACCCGAGAACAGAGGCCACAUUCACCGCAAGGCUUGAUGCAACCACCUUCACCAGUCAAAAUACAUCACAGAGAAAACCCAACAUUGAUCAUUCAUCAACACAAAGAAAGUACAUCACAUGUAGUUAUACAUCAAAUGGACAACUCAAGAGUUCUUAGUAAUCGAUCUCCAGGACAAUCACAAACCCUAAGGGACAUUCGUGGUCCAUCGCCUAUGGCACAAAUUCUACAAGAUAAAUUGGGCAAUAAGUCACCUAGUCUGAAUCAAUGUGGGACGGCCCCGCACUAUGAUCAUCAACUCACUCCAAAUGAUGGAUCCGUCAGAUCAGAUGAAGGAUACUACAGCAAUGGCUAUCACGACGAAGGUUUCACUCCACCAGAAGACUCGAGCGACUCUGAUGUCGAAAAUUACGUUUUGGAUUGCUCAAAUAAAACCAACGAGCCUAAAGAAACCACAGUGAUAGUUCAAAAAACGGAAACUCAGGACAUGCAUCGAAAUGAGUACAGAAAAGUCAAAAUAAAAAUGCCCAAAGCAUAUCAGUACCAAAAAGACAUAAACUGUGACUCUGAAAAGGAGCUAAUGAUUGCAGAGGAAGUAAUGGAUGACUUGCCACAAAACUUGUCACCACCGCGGCGAGACCCAGCGACUUCAACAGUCAUUGUUUUAGAAUCAUCACAAAACACAGUUGUUCCUAUAACGAAGCCUUACUAUGAAACUGGUGCAAUGUCUCCAAGUCCGCAGCCAGCAUUCCUGAGAUAUUCACCGCCUGACACCCGCAUUCUCGAGACAAUUCUGACUGGAAACAGAAUCGACACAAAUAACAAUGACCCCAAUCAGCGGCAACCGAAUGCAACGCCUCCGCCGUCCUCGCCUACAGAAAUGGCUUAUUCAUACAAAAAGAGCCAGAGGUACGGCAACGCCUGCAGCCCCGACUCAAGUUCCAAUCUCGCACCACUGCCCUCUCUACUGCCAUUGCCACAACAACUGCCAGUUCCUAGUGCUACUUCUAUUUAUUCCACAUCACCGCCGCAUUCUAUUCCCCACACAACAGAGAUCCGUGAAAUCCGAGAAAUAAGAGAAAUCAGAGAGACUAGAUAUGAAAGCCAUUCUUACCCUAACUAUUCUUACAACAUCUACUCUCCUCCUAAUUCUACGAUCAUUACUCAGUUGGGAUCGCCACCAACCACUUAUUCUCCUACGAUUAGUUCAACGCAUCAGUACGAGAGGCCGCCUACUGCUCAAGGCAAUCACCACUACCCGUCAUCCACUAGUGUCAUAACACUGAAAAACUGUUCGCAACUGAGCCUUAUUCAGAACUCCAACAUGGUUAGCCCUAUCGGCACACCGCACGGCAGCAUGAGCCCUGAUGGAUCAUGUGGACUUAUGAUGGGACCACUAAGUCCCAAUUCUCAAACCUCAAGAGGUUACAGAAGUCUGCCGUACCCACUAAAGAAGAAGGACGGAAAAAUGCACUACGAAUGCAACGUCUGUUGCAAAACGUUUGGACAGUUAUCAAAUCUUAAGGUGCACCUAAGGACGCACUCUGGAGAAAGGCCGUUCAAAUGUAAUGUGUGUAACAAAUCGUUUACACAGCUCGCACAUCUACAGAAACAUCAUCUAGUUCAUACGGGAGAGAAGCCUCACCAGUGCGAUAUUUGCAAAAAGCGGUUCUCUUCAACGUCUAACUUGAAAACUCAUUUGCGAUUGCACUCGGGGCAAAAACCUUACGCGUGCGAUCUAUGCAUGCAAAAGUUCACACAGUUUGUCCACCUGAAGCUGCACAAGCGAUUACACACUAACGACAGGCCAUAUGUCUGUCAAGGCUGUGACAAGAAGUACAUCAGCGCAUCGGGACUUCGUACUCACUGGAAGACGACGAGCUGCAAGCCGAACAACAUCGAGGAGGUGCUGGCCAUCACCAACGCCGCCAACACGGAGUGCAUGGGUUCCGGGGACAAAGAGUGCCACGAGCGGGAGGGGCACGAGGGGUACGAGGGGGGCAUGCGGCUGGGGGGGCUGCACAGCACCACGCACCUCGAGCACCACGAGCGCAUGGAACUGCACGACCGGCUCGACCACCAGGAGCGACUCGAGCAUCACGAGAGGCUGGAGCACCAUCACGAGCGGUUGGAGCAUCAUGAGAGACUGGAGCAUCAUGAGAGGUUAGAGCAUCACGAGAGGCUCGAACAUCACGAGCGGCUCGAGCAUCAUGAGAGGCUAGAGCAUCACUCGCGGCUCGAGCACCGGGAGCACAUGGAGCGCGGGGAGGCUCGGGGUGCGUCGCCACACUACCGGCAGCUGCCCCCUGAGCAUGAACACUACGGGGGCGAGCCGCGACCCAGCGUCAUCGAGUCCAGCCAGCCCCUCAUCAUCGAGUGCACCUGAGCUUCCCCCUCCCCCCGCCCCGCACGGACGCGCCGCCCCGCCGCACCCAGUGAUCCCACUCUUGUGAUUCUACUAAGUAUUCCUCUAAACUAAGGGACGAUCAGACGACUGCCUCGUCACUCAGUGGCUAUGAGAUUAUCCAAUACAAACAGUAGUGUGUAUAUUUGUAUAAAUAACUGUUAAGUUAACGUAAGGACGAUAGGAAUAAGUACUUAAAGUUAGUGUUUCGGUGUGUACAUACAAUGCAUGAUUUGUCUGAAGGUGUAUACCUGUUUUGAUGUUUAUUUUGUACAAGUAAUGCUCAAUUUUAUAUCUUAGAUGUAAUGCUGUUGUAAAUAGGGAACUUGUGACAUCGACUUUAUUUAAUUUUAUUGUGCAAAUGAUUUUAUUUAAGUAGAGGAUUUUGUUUUUAAGUAAAACUCUUUUUGUUUUGUUUUAAUUUGAGCGACUUUUUGUUAUAUUUUGCUAUGCAUUUUCUUUGAGUGCAUGGUCAAUUAUCAUCUUGUGAAAGUCGAAGUGGUAUAUUUUUUAUAUAAUUAUUUAUCAUCAUAUUUUAUCUAUCUAAAAUACAUGUGAAGUUGCGAAUAUGAAACCCGAGACUAUUAAUAUUUUCUGUUGUUUUUAUAACAAAAAAUCGCCAAAGAACAUUUUUAUAUUUGUAUGAACUUUGAGCGAGCUCGAGUCCCACAAGUGUAACUAAAUAUCUUCCUGUACAAUAAUUUAAUCAAACAGCUAUCAAAAUUCUAUCGUUAAACUUAAUCCAUAUUCCUGUAUCGAUAAGAAAUUUAAAUAUUCCUCUGAUUCAUUUAGAAUUAAACCUGUUUAGCUGUAAGUGCCAAAAGCGCGAAUAUUUAGUUUAAAUUAUCCUAAAGAGAUCCUUGCAUAGUAUUUUUAAAACAUUGUUCCUAAUGAGUAAAUAAUGAUUCGUUUGAUAAGUGCAUCCAUUGCGUGUAUAGGGCCUGCUGUUACUGAGGAGAUCCGCUCGCUACCCAUGUUACUUACACCGUCAUCAGAGCUAGAAACAAAUGAAAGUUAUAUAUUGAAUUUAUCUGUUGGAUAUUUUCAGUAACUACAACUGUAGUAGUGGCUGAUAGCCCCAGUAGCAGCCUCCCUGAGUGUAUGUUAUAGGUAAGCUCCGGGAUCGUGUACAUACAACCCUACGCUAGAACGAAUGGUGCUUCACGAGGUAGAUUAGUCGCUCGCCGGUUCCCUACGAACAACUGGACGACCUAAUAUAUUGCAUAACAUUAUGUGUAUUCAAAUAUAAAUUGAUUCACCGAGUCUACUAUUUUAUAUUCGAAUUUCUCCUGUUUGAAAAGGCUGAUAUAAAUAUAAUGAUAAUAUUUGGCGAUAUAUUCUAAUGUAAGAUUUGGUAAUACUGUACUUAGUAAAAAUACGUUUUUAAUUAAUGAAGAGUUAGGAAGUUUAUCGGCGUAUUACGUGAUGAAACCAAACGAUAGCAUUUUGUACAUUUGUAUUGUUCGUGGAUGGACACGCAGUCAGUGGAAGCUGUGUUUAUGAAGUGUGUGUAUAUUUUGUACGAUUUGGCACGUGGAAACGAAAUAAACUUUUGUAUUUUAAAUUUUAUACUGUAAUAAGUCCAAUAUCUAUGAAACAUACAAAGCACAAACACAUUUCAGUGUUCUUUACUAUGCUAUCUAACUAGUAAAGUCCAAAUAACUAUAUUUUCAUCGUUGUUAUUUCUGUUGUAUAAUUAUAAAUAUAUUCUAUGUUGUCUUCUGUUAAACUUUUGAAAUAACUUAUCCAUAGAUGCAUAUGUUGAGAGUUACAGGGUUUCUAAGUACCUAUAGUUCAGACCACUAGCUGUCUUAUUUCUUUAAGUAGUUGUUUUAAUACAUAUUAAUAGAAUUAAUUUUUCCAAUGAUUCACACAACAGUUGUUAAAAAUACUCGUAAACUUGAUGUUUUUAAAUAUUUAUGUAAUAAAUUUCAGACAUAACAUCUUGUAAAUGACGACAAUCUAAUCAUAUAUAAAUACCCAAAGUACUGGAUCCUGUACAUUGUUAAAUAUCAGCUAUUUGUAUUUUGUAAUAAAUCUAUUUGAACUUGCCGAAUCGUAUGUCCUAAGAUAUAAAUAAAACAACUUGAUAUCGAUUCUUCAAGAUAUAUACUUAAUAUAUAAAUUCUACUCAGAUGAUCACAGUUACUGUGAUCAUGAUCAAACUAAUCACCUUAUAAAUAAAAAAUAAAGAUUGAUAAAUCUUACUAUCGUAACUAUCUACAUUGUAAAAACAAGUCUUGUAUAUGAUAAAACUGUUAACAUCUAAGGAAAUAGAUCAGUCUCACAUAAUAUUAAUAAGUACAAUACCUGUAUGGUACCUACAUCAAAUAAGCAAUAUAUCGUUGUAAACUAUCUAUUAACUUCUAUUGUACCUACUAUUGGGAUACUUUCAACUUUGGUGAUGAAAACAUUCUGAACUUCAAAAAUCUGAUCAAAUAUAAUUUAGACCUAACCUAAAGAAGUUUUUCAUCACAUAAGUUAAAGUGACAAGCUAUAAGAAAGCCAUUCUGCGGAUAUUUUGUACACUUCGAUAAUUACGUUACGACACCAAAACCUGAUAAAAUAAAUCAUUAAACAGGAGUAAAUAAUAUAAAA